UAUUUGGCUACCGUCGGGCCGGGCUGGGCCAGGGGCUCCUGGGGAGGCAGGCGAGCGGGAGACUGCGGUAUCUGGGAGAGAAAAAUCCAAUGAAGGGGCUGUUUGGCUGGUGCUAGGGCCGUAGCCAGGGAGCUUCGAGCUGCCCUUCGCACAGUAUCGCCGCCGCUUCCGUUGAUCUGGCUUUCAGUGGAGUACAGCUCUCACAGUUCUGCAGGGCAAGUCUGUACCUGUGGAAAUUCUGCGUUGACUGCAGCAGUUAAAGACAUACAAUCCUAUCGGGGGAAAGUGGCAAUUCUGCUUCUGUCCUGUACAAUACACCGCUUUGCUGUAUUUCUAACACUCAGCUGCUUUUGGCUGAAGUACAGUACUAUCCUGAGCCCAGAAGGCUAACAUGCUACCAGAGAAAGACUCUGAAAAGCUUGGGGAGGAGCCCAAAGAAGAGCCAUCCGUCACUCUCUUCCGGGAAUAUCUGAGAAUUAAAACAGUCCAGCCUCAGCCUGAUUAUGACACAGCAGUAGAAUUCCUGGAAAGAAUAGCUUCUGAACUUGGUCUGCAGUGUCUGAAAGUGGAGGUCUGCCCUGGCCGUGUGAUCACCAUUCUGACUUGGAAAGGCACAAACCCACAGCUCCGCUCCAUCUUACUGAAUUCUCAUACAGAUGUUGUUCCCGUAUUUGAGGAGUAUUGGCAGUAUGAUCCCUUUUCAGCUUUCAAGGACUCUGAGGGAAAUAUCUAUGGGCGGGGAGCUCAAGAUAUGAAAUGUGUAUCUAUCCAAUACAUAGAAGCCAUACGGAGGCUGAAAGCUGAAGGAAGACAUUUUUCCCGAACCAUUCAUAUGAGCUUUGUCCCAGAUGAAGAGAUUGGGGGCCACAAGGGGAUGGAAUUAUUUGUGAAGAGUCCUGAGUUUGCAGCACUUAAUGUUGGCUUUGCUUUGGAUGAAGGCCUGGCAAACCCAACUGACACUUUCACUGUCUUCUAUGGCGAGAAAUGCCCAUGGUGGAUUAAAGUGAAAGUAGAAGGGAAUCCAGGACAUGGAUCCAGAUUCAUUGAGAAUACAGCUGCUGAAAAGAUGCACAGAGUGAUCACUUCUUUCCUAGAAUUCAGAGAAUGUGAAAAACAAAGAUUGAACGCAGAGGAACACCUCACUUUAGGAGAUGUAACGUCUGUGAACCUGACCAUGUUGAAUGGAGGCGUAUCAUUCAAUGUGGUCCCCUCUCAGCUGUCUGUUGCCUUUGACAUCCGGAUCCCCCCUACAGUGGACUUAGAGGCGUUUGAGGAGCAGCUCACAUCCUGGUGCAAAGCAGCUGGAGAAGGUGUUACGUAUGAGUUCCACCAGAAAUACAUGGAUCAGACAGUUACCUCCACAGAGGAAUCUGAUCCCUGGUGGAACGCAUUCAGUGGCACCUGCAAGGACAUGAAUAUGAAGCUGAAGUGUGAGAUCUUCCCUGCUGCCACUGACAGCCGCUAUAUCAGAGCAGCAGGUCGCCCCGCUAUUGGCUUUUCCCCCAUGAACUACACUCCUGUGCUGCUCCAUGACCACAAUGAAUUCCUGAAUGAGCAGGUCUUCCUUCGUGGGAUUGAGAUCUAUGCUCGCCUCAUCCCAGCACUGGCCAGUGUCCCCCCUCUGCAAGCAGAAGCCUGAGGUCCUAGCAGAUGGCAGCAGUCUGGGGUUGUGGUAGGAGGGAGAAAAACCAAAGAAAGAGAGAAAGGAUCCUUUGAUACUGUGACUGAGGACUUAUGGCUUCUGAGAUCUGUGUUUUGCCAAGAGGAAGUGGAAUUCCAGCACCCCUGGGAGUUACACAAGGGACAAAGCAAGCUGGAAGCAGCAACUGACACAACCACAUGUAAAUUAGAGUCCUAUUGGUAUCAAUGAUUUUUUCUCUGCUGCAUACUAAUGAACUUAGAGACCCUUCUUUCCACAAUUCCAGAUGGAAAACCAUGUCUCUCAUUUUUUUUCUAACAGUUUCUCAGUUUGGGGAUAAAAAGAUAGUCCGAUGGCUUCUAAAUCAGCAAAUUUCAAGGACUAGUUUCUCACUACUGAAACACUAUUGAACAGAAAAAUGUUACUGUCAUAUUAACUGUCUUUCUGCUACUAUUGCACUCUUUUGCUAUGUGAUUUUCUUAAGAAAAAGAAUCUCAUUUACAUUGGUAAACCUAAGGAUGAAGCAAAAUGGAGAUAAGGGGGCUGAAAUCUUGAGUUGGGGUGAGGUGGGAGUGCUAUUUAGAAUGCUGGUGCUGACAUGGAGUGAUUUUUUAAACUUUCUCUGACAUGCCCAAUACUACUACACAAGACCAUUCUCAACACUUGUGUGGAAUGUGCCAUGGAGGAAAUUUUUCUCAACUCUGCUAUAAUACUGAGCAUUUUUCUUAGUUUCCCUGUUUGUAAAGGAGAAUCAAUUAUGACACUUACUCCUUUGCCCCAUGAGAAAAAAGUGUUUUGAAAGUAGAUGAAAGGGAAUUUAAUAUAUAGAUUUAUUAGAGAGAGAGACACAGAUCCUGAAGGAGGAGAUAAGAAUUAAUAUGACCUGUUUGGGAGCUUUCCUCCCUACUUUGCUGCCUUAUCCCUCAGGAAGGUGGGGAUGUCCCUGAAUUUUCACUCCUUGAAGAUUCACUAGCAGAACUGCUGACUGCCUUAAUUUUCUACUGAACCUGUAUUUAAGCCAAUUAUAGUGUUGAAUGCCAAACUGGUAAGGGUGGAGUGGAAAUGAUUCCACCAAAAGGGUAGACAGCUUUUCCCCCAAGAAUACCUUGGGGAUGGCAGUAUGUCAGAAUGGUGCACUGUUUCCCUUGAGGUGUUCUUUUCCAAAUUUUAACUGGAAUUCUGCUGACCUACUAAGGGCAGUCAGUAAAGGUACAUGGAUUUAAGACAAGGAGAAACCUUCAGCCACAAUUCCUUGAAUAGGAUGCCAACCUCUAAAGGAUUGGUUACAGCCCUAGAAUUCCCCAUUGGUCUCUUGUCCAAGUACCAAAGGGGUAUUUUGCCCAGUCUUAUACAAGAUAUUUGAUUCAGACUGGAAAGUGAGAGAAGUUCUCCAGAUACCAUGUUGCCCUGUUUUACCUCAGGUUCUCGUCAUCUAAUUUCUCUUGCCAUUUGUAACAAAACCUGAACUCCUUCAAGAAGGAUUAUUUUUCACACACUGCUAUAAUGCAAGACCAUUCCUGUACAUUGUCAGGUACACCUUCUCUUUUUGAUAUUGGAAACAUCCCUUAGAUGCUUCACUCAUACUUGCUCGUGCCAUAGAGCAACACGUUUAAGGAACAUGGAAAUUUCCCCCUUUUAUUUCCCUAUUAACUACAGGUGAUUUUUAACAUCAAACAGGAAAAAUAACACCACUUUGAUUUGCCUAUUUUUUUCUUCUUCCUAGUGUUUUUCCCAGAGGAGGUGCAGGGUCCACUUUCUUUUUGGAUCAACUGAACGUUGAUCUAUUGGUUGUGACAGGAAUGGACCCACUGGCUUGCUGCCUGAGCCUGGCGUGGGCUGAGAGAGACAGAGGGGGAGGGCCCAAAGUCCCCCAGCCGGCUUUCAUGCCUAAGGCGGGACUGGAACUCAGAGUCUCCAGCUUUCCAGCCUGGUGCCUUAACCACUAGACCAAACUGGCUCUCAUAUGUCUCCGUAACAACACAGAAAGACAGUUUUUCACAGAUAGAAGCCUAAAACGCAUACAGCUUUUAGCACAUGAUACAACUAUCCCUAAUUUCUAUAAAUGUGGAGAAGACCAGUUAUAUAAACUUGUAUGGCAUAAAUAUGAGAACAGCUAGCAUUAUCAUUUCAUUCUUUUUCCUCAGAAGACUGUGAAUGACCAUAUUUGAAAGUUUAAAAGGAGUUCCUGGUCUUUUUUAAUCAUAUGUUCUUUACCAUCCUUAUCUAAAUAUAGAUACAAAUUUAU